UGCGUUUUACUUAAAAAGUCCAAAAUCAUCGCUAUAUCUGUAACGCCGGUCGAUUCUGCCGGGGAUCGGAGAAUAGAAAAACCCGGGAUCAAAGCUUUAAGUAUGGUGAGAUUGAGCAGAGUGCUGCUAAAAGACGCCGGAAACGUAAUCGACAAGACCCUCUCCGAGAUUCUGGUGUGCCCUCUCUCUAAGCAACCUUUGAGGUUCUGCGAGAAGACGAAAUCACUUGUAAGCGAUACUAUUGGUGUCUCUUUUCCUAUCAAAGAUGGGAUUCCAUUCUUGGUUCCAAAGGAUGGAAAAAUACUUGAGGAGGAAUGUGAGGCAUCAAAAGCUUAAUGACUUUUGCUUUUUCACCAAAAGUAAUAUAAAAUGAUCAGCGUGAAAGGUAAACAACUUGUAUCUCCAGCGACUUCACAAUGGUUCUUUCUGUCUUCACAUCUUAGGCUUGCGAGCUCUUAUAAGUUUUAAGUUUUGAUGGGAAACAUUAAUGUAAGCAAUUGAAAGACAAUAAAGGUGUAGUUUCAGGCGAAUGUAACUACCUUUGAUUCAAAUGUUGCUUGAAGUCUAGGAUUCUUAUUGACUGGAAUGAAAGUAAAAGUAUUGGAUGCCUAUUUGAGGGGCUCUAA